AUGAAAUUCAGUAAUCGGACUGUAGGUCAAGCUAUAGGUUCCUCUUCAAAAGCUUCCGGUCCGAUGUAUCAUUCAAUAGCAACUAUUCCAAGAACAACAGGUUCUUAUGAUACAUUUGAUAUAAUUGGUGUUGUUCUUUUCAUUGGAGACAAGCGCAUGGUAAAAGGUGCAUUUGAGAAACAAAAUAGCGUGUCAGAAAUUAUUAUCACUGAUCAUAGCUCACAUCAACCCUUAACUGUGUCGGCAUGGAAUGAUAUGGCAGACUUCUUUAAAACAAAGCCUGCUGAAAAUCAAAUCAUUGGUUUCACAUCUCUAAGGGUUACAUCACACAAUGUAUACUUACUAUCAUAUUUUGUUCUUUGUUUUGGCCUAUCAACUACGAUGUCAUUUUUAAUCAUUCCAACACCAACUGGUGACAAGGCAGAUUCUCUAAGCCACUGGUCCUCUUCUCAUGGAUCCUUGCUUCACGGGCGUAAAACACAAAUCCUGAAGACCCGCAUGCUCUUAAACGAAAGGCAGUUAACCAUAAUUGCCUUCAUCAAAAGCAAGACGGCAGCAAAUACUAUCCAAGAAGAGCAAUAUUGGAUAAAAGCAUUGCUCGAGAAUUGUAGCUACAAUGAUAAAAGAAAAUUUAUAGGGUGUGAUCAAUGCAAUAAAAAGACAGACAAUGAAAGGAAUGCAGUUUUUGAAUGUCCAUGGUGCCACAAGAAAGAGAGCGUCGCUAAGCCACGAUUAGCGCUCACUUUCGACGCCCACGAUAGCACAGACUCUAUCCAACUAACUGCAUUCAAUGACACCAUAGCAGAAUUCUUUGGAAAAACAAUCGAUGAACUAUAUAGUCCAGCUACUUAUGAACAUAUUGAAUCUUAUCAAGACAUUGCUCAAUCCCUACGAGUGAAACCGAUUGAGAUACAGUUGGGUUCAACUGUCGCUUUAUCCAAAAGUGGUGUGCUAAAGUGGGUUCUAAAAUCGAUUGCAAUUGCACGAGAUACUUCAACAAACCCACAACACUUGGCCUGCAAGUCGUCUGACACUCAUUCAUCACAAGAAAGUAUACCCGCUCAACUAACUGAUGCUACUUCUUUACAUGCUCCAGAACCAUCAUCUGCAUCACAUAAAGUAGAGACCGAUACUCAUUCAUCAGAGCAAAUUGUACCAGCUUCAUUGACUAUUGCUCCUUAUGAUCCCAACCAUCAUCUGCAUCAAAGAAAGUAG